AUGCCUGCUGCCAAUUCUGGUUCCGAUUCAGCUGCUGCUUCUCGUGUACCUUCUGCAGUUGGUGUAGAAGAAGAUGCAGAACCUGACGAGGCUGUGCCUACAAAUGAUGAUGAAGACGAGAUGAUGUUUCCUGAACUGGUCGAUGUAGCCAGUCAGCAAGCAGUGGAUGACGAAUAUAUGGAGGAGCCCAUCAGCCAAGCUAGGUUUGAUGACACUGACGAUGAAGAUAAGGUGGAGAACAUGGACAGCUUAAUCGAGGAUGAAUACGAUGGUGAUGACAUGCCAACAAUUGAGUGGAACAGGGAAAAAACUGAGCUUAGUGUAGGCAAGAGGACUGAAGAUGAAAUGUAUUCGAUCUGGCAAUGGCAGAUCCGUGGGAAGCCAUGCAUACAUGCCCUACAUCUGAUGACCGUUAUCGGGAGUGCAGAUGGUGAAGUUGAUCAAUAUUGCUCUGAGUAUUUCUCUGUUGCCAAAUUUAUGGUUACUUAUGCUGACAAUGUGCCUGCACUAUUGGGGAAAGAUCAAUGGAACAUAGUAGAUCCAGGGUUCAAACUCCACGCUCCUGUCAUUACUAGACCACCAAGAAGACCAAGGAACCAGAGGAUUAGAGCAGGUGAGGAGGGUCGUCUACCAAAGAAGCGUGCUUGCAAAAAAUGUGGAGUUCUGGGGCAUAUUGCUAGGCUUUGUACCAAUGCAGUGGAUGCAUCAUUUGGAGAGGAGGAAAGAUGGACAGCAGCCAAUGCUGAGGAGAAUGCAGCAGCAAUGGAGACUGAAGAUGCAGUGGAGAAUGCAGCAGCAAAUGAAGCAGUGGAGAAUGCAGCAGAAAAUGAAGCAUCUUGCUCUAGGGAGAAAAGGCCAAGAGAUGAAGAAGCAGAAGAUUUUGAAACCAUGGCCUUUGAUGGUUUUGAAGCUAUAAGAGAGGAAGAGGAGGGGGUAAUUUUUCCAAUUGUGCCUUUAAAGAUUACUGAACCCAUAGAUGACCGUCAAAUGGUCGUCAAGUGCUCGGCGAGUGGAACUACUCCAUCAGCACCUCCACGGGGAAAACCCCAAGUAAAGCCCAAGAUCAAAAGGAACAAGAGUCUGAAAGAAAAGAGCAUCUCAACUAGGGAAACCAGGAGCAAGACAGUGAAGCCAGCUGCAAACACAAGGAGCAAGUCGAAAAUUUGAAUUAAGUUGUUGGGAAAUGUUUGUGUUGUCAAUUUGAGGGCGAGUCGAUCGCUUAAAACUUGGUAGAUUUGUAUUAAGAUGUUGGCAUAUUAAAACUUGGUAGAUUUGAGCUACUGUGAAAACUUAUCAGUUGUAAUAAUGUUGCUUCUACUUUGGUUUCUUAUUUGAGUCAGAAUUCAAAUUUCCAUCAAAAUUUGAAUUUGGGCCAAAAUUUGGAUUCGAGCAAAAGUUGAAGUUGAACAUUGGAGGUUCAUUGCUCUGUGCGGUGUAUUUGAUCGAGCAUUUGAAGUCCAAUAUUCGUAGGUGAACAGUCCGAAUGAGAAAUGUGCUAGAAACGAGCUCGAAAGCUAGGGUAAACAACCCUAUUUGAAAUCAAGUUUUUUUUACCUUGCCUAAAUGAGGCAUAUAUAUUUUUAUUAACACUUGUUCCAUAUAUAUAGGGUAAAAACGAAGUCUCACUAUUUAUUGAUUAAUAUUCAUAUUACUACAUUUUUUUGAAAAAAUAUGCUUUUAAUUCAAAACCG